AUGAAGGAGCUGCAUGAUUUAUCUGGAUCCAUUGACGACUUGCCGACUGGAACCGAAGCAACCCUGAGCUCAGCUGUUAGCGCGUCAGGCUCCACAAGCAGCCAAGGGGAGCAGAGCAACCCUGCACAAUCUCCAUUCUCCCCUCAUGCUUCUCCCCAUCUCUCUGGCAUCCCUGGGGGCCCAUCACCUUCCCCUGUCGGCUCUCCCGUUGGAAGCAACCAGUCGAGAUCUGGUCCAAUUUCUCCAGCGAGUAUUCCAGGCAGUCAGAUGCCACCGCAGCCUCCUGGCAGCCAGUCAGAAUCCAGCUCCCACCCUGCCUUGAGCCAGUCACCAAUGCCACAGGACCGAGGUUUUAUGGCAGGCAUACAAAGGAACCCCCAGAUGUCACAGUAUGGACCUCAGCAAACUGGACCUUCCAUGUCACCACACCCCUCACCUGGAGGCCAAGUGCAUCCUGGAAUCAGUAGCUUUCAGCAGAGUAAUUCAAGUGGUACUUAUGGGCCUCAGAUGAGCCAGUAUGGACCACAAGGAAACUACUCCAGACCACCGACGUACAGCAGCGUGCCCAACACAAGUUACAGUGGCCCAGGACCCGGCAUGGGUAUAAAUGCCAACAGUCAGAUGCAUGGACAGGGGCCAAGCCAGCCUUGCGGUACCAUGCCCCUGGGACGGAUGCCAUCAGCUGGGAUGCAGAGCAGACCAUUUCCUGGAAACAUGAGCAGUAUGACCCCCAAUUCUCCUGGCAUGUCUCAGCAGGGAGGCCCUGGGAUGGGCCCACCCAUGCCAACUGUGAACCGUAAGGCACAGGAGGCAGCUGCUGCAGUGAUGCAGGCUGCUGCAAACUCCGCUCAGAGCAG